AUGUCGUUGGCCGCGGACUACAACAUGUCCGUUGGGUACGCGCCCAACGGCAUAGUGGUGCCGCCAUGGCUGAACAAGGGCGACAACGCAUGGCAGAUGAUCGCCGCGACGCUGGUGGGCUUGCAGAGCAUGCCCGGCCUGGUGAUCCUCUACGGCAGCAUCGUGAAGAAGAAGUGGGCCGUGAACUCGGCCUUCAUGGCGCUCUACGCCUUCGCCGCCGUGUGGCUGUGCUGGGUCACCUGGGGCUACAACAUGUCCUUCGGCCACCAGCUGGUCCCCUUCUGGGGCAAGGCCCGGCCGGCGCUCGGGCAGCAGUUCCUCCUCAUGCAGGCCGUGCUGCCGGAGUCCACCCACUUCUUCAAGGACGGCAGCCAAGAGACGCCCUGGAUCAAUCCGAAUUACCCCAUGGCCUCCAUGGUCUACUUCCAGUGCGUCUUCGCCGCCAUCACGCUCAUCCUCCUCGCCGGCUCGCUGCUGGGCCGCAUGAACAUCAGGGCCUGGAUGAUCUUCGUCCCGCUCUGGCUCACCUUCUCCUACACCAUCGGCGCCUUCUCGCUCUGGGGCGGAGGCUUCCUCUUCCAGUGGGGCGUCAUGGACUACUCCGGCGGCUACGUCAUCCACCUCUCCUCCGGGAUCGCCGGGGUCACCGCCGCGUACGGUGUCGGG